UUUUUUCCAUAGAUGCUGCCUGGCCUGCUGAAUUCCUGCGCACUUUGUGUGCAUUGUUUGGAUUUCCAGCAUCUGCAGAUUUUCCCUUGUUUGUGAAAUCUUGUGUUUUUUUUUGUGCCAAAUACUUGCACUGUGAUGUGCCCUGAGGUGUUUACCAAAUUAAAGCGUUAGAGAAAAAAAGCAGAAAUAGUUACAAUUUGACAGGUUAGAGUGCACCUGUGAAAAGAGAAUCUUUGACCACCUUCGAUCCGUGAGGGGUCCUGAAGAAGGGUCUCGGCCUGAAACGUCGACUGUUUACUCUCUUCCAUAGAUGCAGUCUGACCUGCUGCAUUCCUCCUGCGUUUUGUGAAUGUUGCUUUGGUUUUCCAGCAUCCGCAGAUUUCGUAGUGAUUGUGUUGUAUCUUUAUCUCUAAUCGCUGCAUGAUAUGCCAAGUAGUUGCUGCUUUUUUAUAUUUUAUUUCAUAUUUUACAGCAUUUGCAAUGUUUUAUUCUAGGUGGUAAAGAUACAUUUGCACAGAAAUUAUACACAGCUGGUCUCUAGGUGGCGGUAUUACCGAUUUUCCAGAAUCGGGAAGGAAAGUGAGAAGUACCUCACUAAUAUGGCGGAAGUCCGCAAUGGUUGUUCUACACUUCUACACGAGCCCUAAGGAGAUCCCACCAUUGGAAGUGGGGAAGAGCCUGUUCCGGUAUGGGGACCAUCAUGUGAAGAAGAUUGAACAUGUAACUCAAGAACUCUGCUUCAAUGUGAAUUGGACAGCUCCAGUCUCCCCAGCUCCACAGGACAGACAGAAGCUUGCAUGGAUUUUCCAAUAUCCCUUCAAUUCUGGGAACAUUUCCACAGAGCCCUUCCUCAAGGAGCAGGAUGGAGAUUUGCUGGUGGAGAUUGGGCCUAGAUUGAACUUCUCCACAGCGUGGUCGACAAAUGCCGUGUCCAUCUGUCACUCCAUUGGGUUAACAGAGGUGGAUCGCAUUGAGUGCUCACGUCGGUAUCUGCUGAAGAUACAUAAUUUCAAAGGACUGGAUGCAGCUGCCUUGGGUGAGCUGGUUGCUGACUUUUACGAUCGGAUGACAGAGUGUGUGUAUCAGCGACCCAUUGAGACUUUCCAAGUGUCAAUCCAGCCAUCACAGGUGAAUGAAGUGGACGUGUUGAACGGGGGGAAGGAUGCACUGGAGAAAGCAAACCGUGAACUGGGUCUAGCUUUUGACUCAUGGGAUCUGGAUUUUUACACAGGAUUGUUUCAAAAGGUGGGCCGGAAUCCCACUAGUGUGGAGUGUUUUGACCUGGCGCAGUCCAACAGUGAACACAGCCGCCAUUGGUUCUUUAAAGGGCGCUUGGUGAUUGAUGGAGAAGCCAAGGAGAAAAGUCUCUUUGAUCUGAUCAUGAAGACGCAGGAUUACAGCAACAAGAACAACAUUAUCAAAUUCUGUGACAAUAGCAGUGCUAUUGAAGGCAAAAGUGUUGAAUCUCUCUACCCCAGCAACGGAUCUCAAGCCAGCAACAUAGAGAUUCAUAAAACCAAGAGGCAUAUAAUCUUCACUGCUGAAACACACAACUUUCCCACCGGUGUGGCUCCAUUCAGCGGUGCAACUACAGGAACAGGAGGUCGGAUACGGGAUGUCCAGUGCACGGGUCGAGGGGCACAUGUGAUUGCAGGGACAGCUGGUUACUGCUUUGGGAAUCUGCUCUAUCCAGGUUAUGAGCUACCCUGGGAAGACCAAACUUUCACCUAUCCUGGAAACUUUGCACGACCACUGGAAGUGGUGAUUGAAGCCAGUAAUGGAGCUUCAGAUUACGGCAAUAAAUUUGGAGAGCCAGUCUUGGCAGGAUUUGCCCGCUCAUUUGGAAUGAUACUCCCCAGUGGGGAGAGAAGGGAGUGGAUUAAACCCAUUAUGUUCAGUGCUGGUAUUGGAACCAUUGAAGAUCAACAUGUCCGGAAAGAACAGCCCGAACCAGAGAUGGAGGUGGUGAAGAUCGGAGGCCCUGUGUAUCGAAUCGGUGUGGGUGGAGGGGCCGCAUCUUCCAUUCAGGUGCAGGGAGACAACACAGCAGAACUUGAUUUUGGGGCAGUGCAGCGAGGUGAUGCUGAGAUGGAGCAGAAGAUGAACCGAGUUCUCCGGGCCUGUGUGGAAAGACAGCAGAGCAACCCAAUCUGUAGCAUUCAUGACCAGGGAGCUGGAGGCAAUGGUAAUGUUUUGAAAGAGCUGAGUGAACCAGCAGGUGCCAGGAUAUACACCAGCAAGUUCAAGGUGGGUGAUCCAACUCUGAGUGUGCUGGAGUUGUGGGGAGCAGAGUAUCAGGAAUCCAAUGCUCUCCUCUUGCGUUCGAAGGACUCUGAGUUCCUGCGUGCUGUCUGCAAUAGAGAGAAAUGUCCUGUUGAUUUUGUUGGUAAAAUAACUGGAGAUGGAAUGAUAGUGUUGGUUGAUGAUCGGGAUAUUUCAAAGAAAUCGGAGUUCUCCAAUGGUGAGCUGUCUACUGCUUGCCCUGUGGAUCUGAAGCUAGAGUGGGUCCUGGGGAAAAUGCCUCAGAAGGAGUUCAUUUUAAAUCGGAAGAAGCCCAGUCUUCAGCCCCUGACCCUACCAGCCAGCCUGAGUGUGAGGGAAGCCCUGAGCCGUGUACUGCGACUGCCGGCGGUGGCCAGCAAACGAUACCUGACUAAUAAGGUGGACCGUUCGGUGACGGGUCUGGUAGCCCAGCAACAGUGUGUAGGACCACUCCACACUCCUCUCGCUGAUGUGGCCGUCAUUGCCCUGUCUUACUUUGAUACUGUGGGAGCUGCCACGGCAAUCGGAGAGCAGCCCAUCAAAGGUCUGGUCAACCCUGGGGCUGGAGCCCGAAUGGCUGUCGGGGAGGCUCUGACUAACCUGGUGUUUGCCCGUGUGACCGACCUCAAAGAUGUUAAGUGUAGUGGUAACUGGAUGUGGCCUGCGAAGUUGCCGGGGGAGGGUGCAGCUCUGUACGAUGCCUGUGAGGCCGUGUGCUGUGUGAUGGCUGAACUUGGAAUUGCUGUGGAUGGUGGAAAGGAUUCCUUGAGUAUGGCUGCUCGUGUGGGUCAGGAGACCGUCAAAGCCCCGGGCUCCCUCGUGGUCUCCGUUUACGCCAUGUGUCCUGACAUCACCACCACUGUGACUCCUGACUUGAAAAACCCAGAGGGGCAAGGGGUGCUGCUGUAUGUACCUGUUACACCUGGUCAGUAUCGAAUGGGAGGAAGUGCUUUGGCUCAAUGCUACUCUCAGAUCGGCAACUGCUGCCCAGACCUGGACAGUCCACACAAUCUCAAGUCCUGCUUCGCUGUCACUCAGCAGCUGCUGGACGAACGAUUGCUGAGUGCUGGCCAUGAUGUCAGUGAUGGGGGAUUGCUCACAUGCUUGAUCGAGAUGGCCAUCGGAGGGAACUGUGGCAUUGAUGUCAGCAUUGAAAACAAAACUUGCCACAGUGAGACCAGCGUACUUGAGCUGUUAUUUUCUGAGGAGCUGGGUUUGGUGUUGGAGGUCUCAGAAGUGUCUGCCAACGAAGUGAGUUCUCGGUACAGAGCAGCGGGACUUCAGUGCUGGCGGAUUGGUUCCACCAUUGGACAAGGUUCCCAGAGCACAAUUACAGUGCGAGUGAAUGGAGAGGAGGUUCUCUCAGAGCAGCUGGCCACUCUCCGCUGCUGGUGGGAAGAGACCAGUUUCCAACUGGAGAGACUGCAGGCCAACCGGGCUUGUGUGGAGGAAGAGGAGAGAGGCCUGGAUCAUCGCAUGGCUCCCAAAUAUACUCUGAGCUUUGAACCAGUCACCAGCCCUAGACCGUCAUCUGGGUUAGCUGAGUCUAAGCCACGAGUGGCUGUGAUGCGGGAGGAAGGCAGCAACGGUGACCGGGAAAUGGUGGCGUCACUUGUCAUGGCUGGAUUCCAGGUUUGGGAUGUGACCAUGAUGGACAUCUGUUCAGGACUGACUCUGGAUUCAUUCCGUGGGGUGGUGUUUGUUGGAGGCUUCAGUUACGCUGAUGUUCUGGGUUCAGCAAAAGGUUGGGCUGCAACAGUGCAAUUCAAUCCCAGAGCACACGCUGAGUUUUCCAGGUUCCGUUCCCGGUCUGACACCUUUAGCUUGGGCGUGUGCAAUGGCUGCCAGCUGAUGGCACUGCUCGGUUGGGUGGCUUCAGAGACAGAGCUAUCAGAAGGUGAUGGAUCAAAGCAGGGUGUUCUGCUGACACACAACCGUUCUCAUCGCUUUGAGUCACGCUUUGUUACAGUGACCAUCUUGGAGAGCAGCUCACUUCUGCUGAAUGGGAUGGCAGGUUCAACCCUUGGCAUCUGGGUUGCUCAUGGAGAGGGUUACAUGCAGUUUGAGUCAGAAAAAGUGCUGCAGAUGGUAACAGAGAAUGGCCUGGCUCCCAUCCGAUACUGUGAUGACUUGGGUGUUCCAACGGAGCGUUAUCCUCAGAAUCCCAAUGGUUCUCCACUUGGAAUUGCAGCGCUGUGCUCAGCUGACGGCCGGCACCUUGCCAUGAUGCCUCACCCGGAGCGUUGCACCUUACUGUGGCAGUGGCCCUGGAUGCCCGCUGAGUGGCGGCAGUCACUCACGGCAUCACCAUGGCUACGUAUGUUCCAGAACGCGUACGACUGGUGUCUGCAGAGUCUCUGAUGGCUGCUGUGGCUCUCGCUAUUGAUACUGACCACCCUCAUAGGGUCACCAUCUCAUCUUUGCCUGGACUCGGGGCAACUGCCUUUUCAAGUACUGAGUCCUAGCCCCCACCUUUAUCCAUUGUCCCUUUUGCUUUCCCCCUGAUCUGUCCACUUCCUACACCCGGGGAAGGGAGAGGUGAGGAGAGAAAUUAAUUCUGGUAGCGUAUGGGCCCUUUGCCUUUCAUGUACGUGGCUUCUGUAAAAUAUUUUAGUGAAAAAUAAAAAACAAAUGUUACCUGCUCCUCUCAUUGCAUUUAGUCUGAACAAGGUGAAGAAGUUAACCUUCCUUUCCAACAUUUGUACAGCAUGGGUUUGAUGUAGAGCUACGUUCCCUCUGCAUUUCCCCCCUCCCCAAUCUAACAGUUAUGACAAGUAUAGGAUGUUUGGAUACUACUCAAAGUUUUGGCACUUUGCUUAUAAAUAUCUCCAGGAACAGCUGAGGCUGUUAGAGAGAAAUGGGGGUUUCAGCUUCAGGCAAUUCUAAAUUAGAACUGUAGGUUUGUGGGAAAUCCUGGCUGAUCAGGAAUAUAAAGACAUGCAUUACUGGGGAGACCAUAUGGUCCUUGAGUCUUUAAAAAGCUGCUGAAAAGGUUGUUCUAUGUAAUUUCUCUCUCGCAAUUGUUGUCCAUAACCUGCUGAUUCAGGAAGAACAAAGAAAUUGAAGUGAGGAAUAAGCCUGGUGGUAGGGUACAAAGGUAAUACAGCUUGCAACCUCGGGCCAGGUCCAAUGAGAAGCGUACACAGGCGUGCCUGAUGAGCCAACAAAAUCAAGACAGAACAGAUUGAUUUUGGGAGCAGAGGCAGUGUGAAGUUGGGGAAACAAACCAUCACAGUGGUGGAUGACACCAUGUUGGGAACUUGGAGACUGUCAGGAUCAAGAGGAACACCUAAGCAGUGUAAGCUUCUAUUCCCGGACAUCACCUUCCCUAUUUGACUUCCAGCAGGGUCAGACAAACCUGGUUGGUGUGGGCUGUUACGAGAAUACACAUAAAAUUAAGAUGUUUGCUGGCCUGGGCUAGCAUCAGUGGCAUCAGCAGUUGGUCUGCCACCUGCCCUCAGGGGAAGGAGAGAUAAGGAACAAUGGAGCAGCGUCUGGAGAUGUGUAAUGAAGGGAUGUGGGAGGAAGAGCUGUCUGGAGCGGCUCCCCCCUUUGAGCCCUGAACUGUUUGAAGUGAUGGACAGGCGAUACCCCAGCAGGGGGAUAAAAAGGGACAGGUUCGCUAAGACAGACACACACGCCACCCGAGGUAACGAGACCCUGGAAGCGGUGCGCUUCUCACGAGUGGGUGAGAAGUCCCAGACAACGACAAGGGUGGAAAGGUACGAUCAGCGGGAACCCGGUGUGUGUCCGCCCUUGCCUGGGUGCCGGGUUCACUGCAGAGGAUCGACCGCAUCUGGAGGAGGGGUCACAGUCGGUGACCUCAGGUGACAUCACCAAGGACCCGCCCAAAUGCUGUUUGUGAGCCAUCUCGCUGGUCUGUGAGUGAAGCUGUGCUGAAUGAUGAGUUGUUCCUAUUCUAUGUCUCUCUUCCCCACCUUGUCCAUCGCCAUGACAACGAUUACUGCGAACUGAACUACUAAACUGGACUGAACUUUGAGUCAUUUUGAAAUUGGUCAUUUACCCCUAGACAACGAUAGAGCUUGAUUGAUGCUGUUAUCUUAAUUCUGUGCACAUGUGUGGUUAUCAUUGUUGAAUUGUUGCAUUUAUUAUCCUUUCGAUUACUGUGUUGCUUGUUUCUUUAAUAAAACUUUCUUAGU